UCCAUUUCCUGGGGGUUCCUGGUGCCCUUGGGCCCGCUCCCACCCUCUGUCCUCCCCCCAGAGUUGUGCCGCAUCAACGAGGACCAGAAAGUGGCACUGGACCUUGAUCCCUACGUGAAGAAGCUGCUGAACGCCCGGCGCAGGGUGGUGCUGGUCAACAACAUCCUGCAGAACGCCCAGGAACGGCUGCGGAGGCUGAACCACAGCGUGGCCAAGGAGACGGUGCGGAGGAAAGCCAUGCUGGAGGCGGCGGGUGGCUACCCCCAGGGCCUGCCGGGCAAGUGAGGGCCCCCCCCCUGCGCCGAGGGCAGCGCUGGGCUGGAUCCACCUGGCACCACAGCUGCGCCAACAGCCCUGGGAGGCGACGGGUGUGUCCCUGUAAGGACAGUGAAGGCAGCGGGCCGCUGGUGAGGGGAGCGGGGAUCCCUGUUUGUAGCAGCGCUCUCCUUGAGUGUCCGCAGCGCGGGAAGGGGUGAGAAGUUCUGCGCGGUGAGGCCGCAGCUCUUCAGCUGAAGGAAGCGGGGGACACACACCCCCCUCCCGCCUCGAGUUGUAUUCCCAAAUUUGUAGGCACUGUAAUAAAAGUGACCGCGCGUUGCUUUAUGGG